AUGUACAUGAAGGCCGGGUUUGAUAGGCAUCAGGGUAGAAAAAUAAAGGGUUUUUAGGUAAUAUGACAGAAGGCAGGGGGCAAGGACUAGGGAUAGGAUAGAAAAAAUAAAGGAUUUGAGGUAGAUCUGUACAUGAAGGCGGGUAAAGUGAUUAGGCAUCAGGAUAAGAUAUAAAUAAGGUAUUUGAGGUAGAUAUGUAAUGAAGGCAGGGUAAAGUGACUAGGCAUCGGAUAAUAAUAAUAAGGUAUUUGAGGUAGAUAUGGACAUGACGGCAGGGUCAAGUGAUAGGCAUUCAGGAUAGAUAAUUAAUAAGGUAUUUGAGGUUUGAGGUAGAUUGUACUGAGGACGGUCAAGUGAUUAGGCUAAGGGAUAGAUAAAUAAGUUAUUUGAGGGUAGAUAGGUAGAUAUGUACAUGAAGGAGGGUUUAAAGUGCCUAGGGCUCAGGUUAGAUAAUAAUCAGGUUAUUUGAGGGUAGAUAUUGUACUGAAGGCCAGGGUCCAAGUGACUAGGCAUCAGGAUUAGAUAAUAAUAAGGUAUUUGAGGUAGAUAUGUACAUUGAAGGCAGGGUCAAAGUGACUAGGCAUCAGGAUAGAUAUAAUAAGGUAUUUGAGGUAGAUAUGUACAUGAAGGCAGGGUAAAGUGACUAGGCAUCAGGAUAGAUAAUAAUAAGGUAUUUGAGGAGAUAUGUCUGAAGGCAGGGUCAAGUGACUAGGCUCAGGAUAAUAAUAUAAGGGGAUUUGGGGGUAAAUUUUACAUGAAGGCAGGGUCAAGUGAUUAGGCUCAGGGUAGAAAUAAUAAGGGGGUUUGAGGUAGAUAUGUACAUGAAGGCAGGGUAAAGUGACUAGGCAUCAGGAAGAUAAUAAUAAGGAUUUGAGGGGAGAUAUUUUCAUGAAGGGAGGGGCAAAUGACUGGAUCAGGAUAGAUAAUAAUAAGGGAUUUUUAGGGAGAUAUGUACAUGAAGGCAGGGGGAAAUUUUUAGGCAUCGGAUAAUAAUAAUAAGGUAUUUAGGUAGAUUUAAUGAAGGCAGGGGGAAAAUGACUCGGCAUCGGGGGAGAUAAUAAUAAGGUAUUGAGGUAGAUAUGUACAUGAAGGCAGGGUAAAGUGACUAGGCAUCAGGAUAGAUAAUAAUAAGGUAUUUGAGGUAGAUAUGUACAUGAAGGCAGGGUAAAGUGACUCGGCAUCAGGAUAGAUAAUAAUAAGAGUAAAAUAAAGAACAGAGUAGCAGCAGGAAAUGAUGAGUGUAAAAGUGUGUGUGUGUAAUGUGUACUGUUUGUGUGUUUGUCUUGUGUCGUCUGCGUGUGUGUGGGUGUAUGUAUGUGAAUGAGUGUGGGUUAUGUGUGGUAGUGUCAAUGUAGUCUGUGUGAGUGUGUAUAUAGUGUGUAUAUAUAGUCCAGUGAGUGUGUAUAUAGUCAAUCAAAAUGUAUUUAUAAAGCCCUUUUUACAUCAGCAGAUGUCACAAAGUGCUAUACAGAAACCCAGCCUAAAACCCCAAACAGCAAGCAAUGCAGAUGUAGAAGCACGGUGGCUAGGAAAAACUCCCUAGAAAGGCAGGAACCUAGGAAGAAACCUAGAGAGGAACCAGGCUCUGAGGGGUGGCCAGUCCCCUUCUGGCUGUGCCGGGUGGAGAUUAUAACAGUACAUGGCCAUUAAGGCCAGAUUUUUCUCCAAGAUGUUCAAACGUUCAUAGAUGACCAGCAGGGUCAAAUAAUAAUCACAGUGGUUGUAGAGGGUGCAACAGGUCAGCACCUCAGGAGUAAAUGUCACUUGGCUUUUCAUAGCCGGGCGUUUAGAGGUUGAAAUAGCAGGUGUGGUAGAGAGAGAGAGAGUUGAAAACAGCAGGUCUGGGACAAGGUAGCACGUCCGGUGAACAGGUCAGGGUUCCAUAGCUGCAGGCAGAACAGUUGAAACUGGAGCAGCAGCACGACCAGGUGGACUGGGGACAGCAAGGAGUCAUCAGGCCAGGUAGUCCUGAGGCAUGAUCCUAGGGCUCAGGUCCUCCAGGAGGGGAGGGAGAGAGGGAGAGAGAGAGAAUUAGAGGGAGCAUACUUAAAUUCACACAGGACACCAGAUAAGACAGGAAAAUAACACCAGAUAUAACAGACUGACCCUAGCCCCCCGGCACAUAGACUAUUGCAGCAUAGAUACUGGAGGCUGAGACAGGGGGGGUCGGGAGACACUGUGGCCCCGUCCGACGAUACCCCCAGACAGGGCCAACCAGGCAGGAUUUAACCCCACCCACUUUGCCAAAGCACAGCCCCCACACCACCAGAGGGAUAUCAACAGACCACCAACCUACUACCUUGAGACAAGGCUGAGUAUAGCCCACAAAGAUCUCCUCCACCGCACCACUAGAGGGAGCUACACACUAUAUAUAGUGUGGAUAUAUAGUCUAGUGAGUGUGUAUAUAGUGUGGAUAUAUAGUCUAGUGAGUGUGUUACUGUGGUGAUGGUGUUCUUGGGGUGAUGAGAGGUGUUGGGUUUGAGCCAGACAUAGCGUUUUCCUUGAUGGCCAAAAAGCUCAAUUUUAGUCUCAUCUGACCAGACUAACUUCUUCCAUAUGUUUGGGGAGUCUCCCACUUGCCUUUUGGCAAACACCAAACGUGUUCGCUUAUUUUUUUCUUUAAGCAAUAGCUUUUUUCUAGCCACUCUUCCGUAAAGCCCAGCUCUGUGAAGUGUACAGCUUAAAGUGGUCCUAUGGACAGAUACUCCAAUCUCCACUUUGGAGCUUUGCAGCUCCUUCAGGGUUAUCUUUGGUCUCUUUGUUGCCUCUCUGAUUAAUGCCCUCCUUGCCUGGUCCGUGGGUUUUGGUGGGCGGCCCUCUCUUGGCAGGUUUGUUGUGGUGCCAUGUUCUUUCCAUUUUUUUAUAAUCGAUUUAAUGGUGCUCCGUGGGAUGUUCAAAGUUUUGGAUAUUUUUUUAUAACCCAACCCUGAUCUGUGCUUCUCCACAACUUUGUCCCUGACCUGUUUGGAGAGCUCCUUGGUCUUCAUGGUGCCGCUUGCUUGGUUGUGCCCCUUGCUUAGUGGUGUUGCAGACUCUGGGGCCUUUCAGAACAGGUGUAUAUAUACUGAGAUCAUGUGACAGAUCAUGCAACACUUACAUUGCACACAGGUGGACUUUAUUUAACUAAUUAUGUGACUUCUGAAGGUAAUUGGUUGCACCAGAUCUUAUUUAGGGGCUUCAUAGCAAAGGGGGUGAAUACAUAUGCACGCACCACUUUUCUGUUAUUUAUAAUUUAUACUUUUUUGAAACAAGUUAUUUACAUGAAAUCCAAAUAUAAAUCCAUUUAAAUUACAGGUUGCAAUGCAACAAAAACACCAAGGGGGAUGAAUACUUUUGCAAGGCACUGUAUGGUACACUCCAUCCAACGGUUUUGUCACGCCCUGGCUCUGGGGACACUGUUAUGUUGAGCCAGGGUGUGUAAUUCUAUGUUUGUAUUUCUAUGUUGGCCUGAGUGACUCCCAAUCAGAGGCAACGAGUGUCAGCUGGUUGUCUCUGAUUGGGAGCCAUAUUUAACUGUCUGUCUUUCACUUUGUGUUUGUGGUUUCUUGUUCUCAUUUUGGUUUGUGUAUGUAACCAGAGACAUCACGUUUUCGUCAGUUAUUUUGAUCGGGUGAUCAGUCUAAUAAAUACUAUGUUCACUUUCAACGCUGCGCCUUGGUCCUCCUCAUUAGACGAUCGUGACAGAAGAAACCACCAAGAUGUGACCAAGCAGCGUGUCCAGGAGCCAUCGCCAGGGAGAUCCCUAACAGAUCUCCUUCGCCUCCUCGACUGGGUCAAGCCGAGUGAGGAAGAGAAGGGCUUGACGUUGUGGCAGAAGGGCGAAAGGCUGGCGAGGGACAUGGAGACCUGGUCCACGGGUAGGAGAAACGCCCAGAAAAUUUCUAGGGGGGGGCUAACGCUGUGGACGACGGGCCAGCAGGAGACCGCAGCAGAGCGGCCCAGCGGAUUGGCAGAGGAGGCCGCCAGGUUACGGGGGCCACUGGUCGAAGAGGGGGUGGAAGAUGUAGAGGCACGGCGAGAGGUACUGGCGUGUGUUGCCAGUCCGGUCCGGCCUGUUCCUGAUCCCCACGUAGGGCCAGUGGUGUGUGUUUCCAGUACGGUCCGGCCUGUUCCUGCUACUCCCACCAAGUCGGUGGUGCGCGUCGCCAGCCCUGUCCGGCCCGUUCUUGCUCUCCGCACCAAGUCUGUGGUGUGCGUCGCCAGCCCAGUCCGGCCCAUUCCUGCUCCCCGCAUCAAGUCUGUGGUGCGUUUCGUCAGUCCUGUCCGGCCCGUUCCUGCUCUCCGCACCAAGUCGGUGGUGCGCGUCGCCAGCCCAGUCCGGCCCAUCCAAGCUCCCUGCACCAAGUCAGUGGUGCGCGUCGUCAGCCCGGUCCGGCUCAUUCCUGCUCCCCACACCAAGCCAGUGGUGUGCGUCGUCAGUCCAGCACGGCCCGUGCCUGUUCCCCACACCAAGCCAGUGGUGUGCGUCGUCGGUCCGGCACGGCCCGUGCUUGUUCCACUUGUGCCUGGUCCGGCACCGGUCAGAGUUGUUACGCCGGAGCUAGAGCAAUCCGCUCCAUCAGUGUGCAGUCCAGCUCUGGCCAGCGGGGCCAGACCGGACCAGGGAUACUUUGGGGGGUUGGAGAGGGAGUGGGGAUCAGGCCCGGAGCCGGAUCCGCCGCCAAGGCGGAGUGCCCACCCGGUCCCUCCCCUGUGGUAUUUAGUUGGCGCGGUCGGAGUCCGCGCCUUUAGGGGGGGGUACUGUCACGCCCUGGCUCUGGGGACACUGUUAUGUUGAGCCAGGGUGUGUAAUUCUAUGUUUGUAUUUCUAUGUUGGCCUGAGUGACUCCCAAUCAGAGGCAACGAGUGUCAGCUGGUUGUCUCUGAUUGGGAGCCAUAUUUAACUGUCUGUCUUUCACUUUGUGUUUGUGGUUUCUUGUUCUCAUUUUGGUUUGUGUAUGUAACCAGAGACAUCACGUUUUCGUCAGUUAUUUUGAUCGGGUGAUCAGUCUAAUAAAUACUAUGUUCACUUUCAACGCUGCGCCUUGGUCCUCCUCAUUAGACGAUCGUGACAGGUUUUAGAGUACUGCUGCAUUCUGGUAAAUGAUGUCACCAAAGUCAAGAACUGGAAGGAAAGCUGACUACAAUCUGCUUCCUGCUGUUCAGGGAGAAGCAUCAAUCUGCUUCCUGCUGUUUAGGGAGAAGCAUCAAUCUGCUUCCUGCUGUUCAGGGAGAAGCAUCAAUCUGCUUCCUGCUGUUUAGGGAGAAGCAUCAAUCUGCUUCCUGCUGUUUAGGGAGAAGCAUCAAUCUGCUUCCUGCUGUUUAGGGAGAAGCAUCAAUCUGCUUCCUGCUGUUUAGGGAGAAGCAUGAAGCCUACUUUAAAUCUUGGCUCUUUAUGGUUUUUAAAAGUCAAAUUAUUGUCAAUCCAAAAGCCCUGAUAUUUAUAGGUGGGAACCUGCUCAAUGAAAGAACCAUAGAAUGCAUAAAUAUGUAAUACAUAUGAAGAUAUAUUUAUAAUAUUUAUAAUAUUUAUAUUAUAUAAAUAUUAAAUAUUUCUAUGAGAAUUAGAAAACAGCAUACAUUUAGUUUUUCCCGCAUUAAGUACCAAUUUUAAAUCAACAAGGACUUUCUGCAAGGCAACAAAAUCAGACCACAGCUCUAGCAUAGCCUUGGCAAUAGAGUACAUUACAUUUACAUUUUUUAAUUUUUAGCAGACGCUUUUAUCCAGAGCGAUUAACAGUUAGUGAGUGCAUACAUUAUUUUUUAUACUGGCCCCCCGUGGGAAUCAAACCCACAACCCUGGCGUUGCAAACGCCAUGCUCUACCAACUGAGCUACAUCCCUGCCGGCCAUUCCCUCCCCUACCCUGGACCAAUUGUGCACCGCCCCAUGGGUCUCCCGGUCGCGGCCGGCUACGACAGAGCCUGGAUUCGAACCAGGAUCUCUAGUGGCACAGCUAGCACUGCGAUGCAGCGCCUUAGACCACUGCGCCACUCAGGAGACAGAUGGAUGAAUCAGGUUUUUGUAGAUCUACCAAUAUUAUUUAUAUAAACAGUAAAGAGGACAGGUCCCAAAAUCGACCCCUGCGGGACACUUUUAGUAAUAUUGAGGUAACUUGACUUGACACCAUCAUAAAGCACACAUUGUGUCCUGUCUGACAGUUAGUUCCCAAAAACGCCUGGUAGAGGCCCAUUUCAGACAACUUUAUCUGGGAUUGAUUGAGCUUGCCUUGCUUAAUGAACCAAUAGAGGAGUUGCAAAACUGCAAACCCCACCCAUCUGACACUACAGUGUGGUUUAGGCAAACACUAAAAGUAUUUGAAGGAAUUCUAAAAGUAUUUGAAGGAAUUCUAAAAGUAUUUGAAGGAAUUCUAAAAGUAUUUGAAGGAAUUCUAAAAGUAUUUGAACACAGGUGUGUUCAGAUAGUACAGGCUGUAGGUCUCUGAGACUUCAUGGCCAGAACAGACAGAAACAGCUGGGAUAGAGCAGUGUGAAGGGACAGACACUUAGGGGCCAGAACAGACAGAAACAGCUGGGAUAGAGCAGUGUGAAGGGACAGACACUUAGGGGCCAGAACAGACAGAAACAGCUGGGAUAGAGCAGUGUGAAGGGACAGACACUUAGGGGCCAGAAACAGACAGAAACAGCUGGGAUAGAGCAGUGUGAAGGGACAGACACUUAGGGGCCAGAAACAGACAGAAACAGCUGGGAUAGAGCAGUGUGAAGGGACAGACCCUUAGGGGCCAGAACAGACAGAAACAGCUGGGAUAGAGCAGUGUGGAGGGACAGACACUUAGGGGCCAGAAACAGACAUUUACAUUUUAGUCAUUUAGCAGACGUUCUUAUCCAGAGCAACUUACAGUUAGUAAGUGCAUACAUUAUUUUUAUUUUUUUCCAUACUGGCCCCCCGUGGGAAUCGAACCCACAACCCUGGCGUUGCAAACGCCAUGCUCUACCAACUGAGCUACAUCCCUGCCGGCCAUUCCCUCCCCUACCCUGGACGACGCUGGGCCAACUGUGCGCUGCCCCAUGGGUCUCCCGGUCGCGGCCGGCUACGACUGAGCCUGGAUUCGAACCAGGAUCUCUAGUCCCUCGGGAGGUAAGACAGCUGGGAUAGUGCUGUUUGGAGGGACAGGGACAGACAGUCAGCAGGGCUCUGAGACUUAUGGGCCAGAAACAGACUCCUGAACAGACAGGAUGUAUUGCUCUGAGGGAGGGGGUAUAUAGAGAAGACUGGGGAGGGGAUAUAUAGAGAGGACUGGGGAGGGGAUAUAUAGAGAGGACUGGGGAGGGGAUAUAUAGAGAGGACUGGGGAGGGGAUAUAUAGAGAGGACUGGGAGGGGAUAUAUAGAGAGGACUGGGGAGGGGAUAUAUAGAGAGACUGGGGAGGGGAUAUAUAGAGAGGACUGGGUGAGGGGAUAUAUAGAGAGGACUGGGGAGGGGAUAUAUAUAGAGGACUGGGGAGGGGAUAUAUAUAGAGGACUGGGGGGGGAUAUAUAGAGAGGACUGGGGAGGGGAUAUUAUGAGGACUGGGGAGGGGAUAUAUAUAGAGGACUGGGGAGGGAUAGAGGGACUGGGGAGGGAUAGAGGGACUGGGGAGGGAUAGAGGGACUGGGGAGGGAUAUAUAGAGAGAUGGGGAGGGGAUAUAUAGAGGACUGGGGAGGGGAUAUAUAUAGAGGACUGGGAGGGGAUCUAUAUAGAGGACUGGGGAGGGGAUAUAUAGAGAGGACUGGGGGAGGAUUAUAUAGAUGUACGUGGGAUGUGAGAUAUAAUAGAGGACUGUGGAGGGGAUAUAAGCGAGACUGGGGAGGGUAUAUAUAGAGAAGGACUGGGGAGGGGACUAUAUAGAGAGGACUGGGGAAUGGGAUAUAUAGAGAGACUUUGGGGAGGGGAUAUAUAGAAGGACUGGGGACAUGGAAAGAGAGUACUGGGAGGGGUAUAUAAGAGGACUGGGACCUGGGAAAGAGGCUGGGAGGGAUUAUACGAGACUGGGGAGGGGGGAUAGAGAGAGACUGGGGGGGGGGGAUAGAGAGGUGGAGGGACAUAUAGAGAGGACUGCGGAGGGGAGUGUAAAGAGGGAGGUGAUAUAUGAGAGGACUGCUGGAGGGGAGGUAUAGAGAGGGAGGGGAUAUUAGAAGGACUGGGGAGAGUGGAUGCUAUAGAUAGGACGGUGGAGGGGGAUAUCAUAGAGGAGGACUGAGGAGAGGACAUAUAGAGAAGACUGGUGAGUUGAUAUAUAGAGAGGACUGGGAACGGGAUAUAUAGAGAGGACUGGGGAGUUGAUAUAUAUAGAGGACUGGGGAGGGGAUAUAUAGAGAGGACUGGGGAGGGGAUAUAUAUAGAGGACUGGGGAGGGGAUAUAUAUAGAGGACUGGGGAGGGGAUAUAUAGAGAGGACUGGGGAGGGGAUAUAUAGAGAGGACUGGGGAGGGGAUAUAUAGAGAGGACUGGGGAGGGGAUAUAUAGAGAGGACUGGGGAGGGGAUAUAUAGAGAGGACUGGGGACAUGGGAAAGAGAGGACUGGGGAGGGGAUAUAUAGAGAGGACUGGGGACAUGGGAAAGAGAGGCCUGGGGAGGGGAUAUAUAGCGAGGACUGGGGAGGGGGGAUAGAGAGAGGACUGGGGAGGGGGGAUAGAGAGGGGAGGGGACAUAUAGAGAGGACUGCGGAGGGGAGGUAAAGAGGGGAGGGGAUAUAUAGAGAGGACUGCGGAGGGGAGGUAGAGAGGGGAGGGGAUAUAUAGAGAGGACUGGGGAGGGGAUAUAUAGAGAGGACUGUGGAGGGGAUAUAUAGAGAGGACUGAGGAGAGGACAUAUAGAGAAGACUGGGGAGUUGAUAUAUAGAGAGGACUGGGAACGGGAUAUAUAGAGAGGACUGGGGAGUUGAUAUAUAUAGAGGACUGGGGAGGGGAUAUAUAGAGAGGACUGGGGAGGGGAUAUAUAGAGAGGACUGGGAAGGGGAUAUAUAGAGAGGACUAGGGAGGGGAUAUAUAGAGAGGACUGGGGAGGGGAUAUAUAGAGAGGACUGGGGAGGGGAUAUAUAGAGAGGACUGGGGAGGGGAUAUAUAGAGAGGACUGGGGAGGGGAUAUAUAGAGAGGACUGGGGAGGGGAUAUAGAGAGAGGACUGGGGAGGGGAUAUAUAGAGAGGACUGGGGAGGUGAUAUAGAGAGAGGACUGGGAUCGGGAUAUAUAGAGAGGUCUGGGGAGGGGAGGUGGGGAGGGGAUAUAUAGAGAGGACUGGGGAGGUGAAUAAAGGGGGGUGGGGAUAUAUAGAGUGAGGACUAGGGAGGGGGGAUAGAGGGAUUGGGAAGGAAAAUAAACCCUGGCAGACAGAAAGGAAAACAAUACUGCUGGAUGAACGACUUAUGAGGGGAGAAGAAGGUGAGGAGUGAUAGUGGAGUCCAGUAGUCAGUAUUCACUGUGUUGUAGUCAGUAUUCACUGUACCCUGUGUUGUAGUCAGUAUUCACUGUGUUGUAGUCAGUAUUCACUGUGUUGUAGUCAGUAUUCACUGUACCCUGUGUUGUAGUCAGUAUUCAUUGUACCCUGUGUAGUAGUCAGUAUUCAUUGUACCCUGUGUAGUAGUCAGCAUUCACUGUAACCUGUGUUGCAGUCAGUAUUCACUGUACCCUGUGUAUUAGUCAGUAUUCACUGUAUCCUGAGUUGUAGUCAGUAUUCACUGUACCCUGUGUAGUAGUCAGUAUUCACUGUACCCUGUGUAGUAGUCAGUAUUCAUUGUACCCUGUGUAGUAGUCAGUAUUCACUGUACCCUGUGUAGUAGUCAGUAUUCACUGUACCCUGUGUAAUAGUCAGUAUUCACUGUAUCCUGAGUUGUAGUCAGUAUUCACUGUACCCUGUGUAGUAGUCAGUAUUCACUGUACCCUGUGUAGUAGUCAGUAUUCAAUGUAUCCUGUGUUGCAGUCAGUAUUCACUCUACCAUGUUGUAGUCAGUAUUCACUGUGUUGUAGUCAGUAUUCACUGUACCCUGUGUUGUAUUCAGUAUUCACUGUAACUUGUUGUAGUCAGUAUUCACUGUUGUAGUCAGAAUUCACUGUGUAGUAGUCGAUAUUCACUGUGCCCUGUGUAGUAGUCAGUAUUCAUUGUACCCUGUUGUAGUCAGUAUUCACUAUGUUGUGGUCAAUAUUCACUGUACCCUGUGUUGCAGUCAGUAUCGACUGUGUUGUAGUCAGUAUUCACUGUGCCGUGUAGUAGUCAUUAUUAACUGUACCCUGUGUAGUAGCCAGUAUUCAUUGUACACUGUGCAGUAGUCAGCAUUCACUGUAUCCUGUGUAGCCAGUAUUCACUGUAUCCUGUGUUGUCAGUAUUCACUGUACCCUGUGUUGUAGUCAGUAUUGACUGUAUUGUAGUCAGUAUUCACUGUACCCUGUGUUACAGUCAGUAUUCACUGUACCCUGUGUAGUAGUCAGUAUUCACUGUACCCUGUGUAAUAGUCAGUAUUCACUGUAUCCUGAGUUGAAGUCAGUAUUCACUGUACCCUGUGUUGAAGUCAGUAUUCACUGUACCCUGUGUAGUAGUCAGUAUUCACUGCACCCUGUGUAGUAGUCAGUAUUCACUCUACCCUGUGUUGUAGUCCGAAUUCAGUUUUGUAACCAGUAUUCACUGUGUUGUAGUCAGUAUUCACUGUACCCUGUGUUGUAGUCAAUAUUCACUGUACCCUGUAUUGUAGUCAGUAUUAACUGUGCAGUAAAGUAUUCACUGUACCCGUGGUCCUCUGUAGCUCAAUUGGUAGAGCAUGGCGCUUGUAACGCCAGGGUAGUGGGUUCGAUCCCCGGGACCACCCAUAUGUAAACAUGUAUGCACACAUGACUAAGUCGCUUUGGAUAAAAGCGUCUGCUAAAUGGCAUAUUAUUAUCUUUGUUGUAGUCAAUAUUCACUGUACCCUGUGUUGUAGUCAGUAUUCACUGUACCGUGUUGUCAGUAUUCCCUGUUGUAUUCAGUAUUCACUGUACCCUGUGUUGUAGUCAGUAUUCAUUGUACCAUGUGUUGUAGUCAGUAUUCAUUGUACCCUGUGUAGUAGUCAGUAUUCACUUUACCCUGUUGUAGUCAGUAUUCACUUUACCCUGUUGUAGUCAGUAUUCACUUUACCCUGUUGUAUUCAGUAUUCACUGUACCCUGUGUUGUAGUCAGUAUUCAUUGUACCCUGUUGUAGUCAGUAUUGACUGUGUUGCAGUCAGUAUUUACUGUGUUGUAGUCAGUAUACCCUGUGUUGUAGUCAGUAUUUACUGUACCCUGUGUUGUAGUCAGUAUUCACUGUGUUGUAGUCAUUAUUAACUGUACCCUGUGUUGUAGUCAGUAUGGCCACUAUUCACUGUACCAUGUUGUGGCCAGUAUUCACUGUACCGUGUUGUAGUCAGUAUGGCCACUAUUCACUGUACCAUGUUGUGGCCAGUAUUCACUGUACCGUGUUGUAGUCAGUAUGGCCACUAUUCACUGUACCAUGUUGUGGCCAGUAUUCACUGUACCGUGUUGUAGUCAGUUUUGACUAGGUUGUAGUCAGUAUUCACUGGGUUGUAGUCCGUAUUCACUGUACCAUGUUGUGGCCAGUAUUCACUGUACCCUGUGUUGUAGUCAGUAUUGACUGUGUUGUAGUCAGUAUUCACUGGGUUGUGGUCAGUAUUGACUGGGUUGUAGUCCGCAGUCACGGUCCCCUGUGUUGUAGUCCGCAGUCACUGCACCCUGUGUUGUAGUCCGCAUUGCCUGUGCUUUAGUCCGUAGUCACUGUAACCUGUGCUGUAGUCCGUAUUGACUGCGUUGUGGCCAGUAUUCACUGUACCCUGUGUUGUAGUCAGUAUUGGCUGUGUUGUAGUCAGUAUUCACCAGGUUGUGGUCAGCAUUGGCUGGGUCGUAGUCCGUAGUCACUGCCCCCGAGUUGUAGUCCGUAGUCACAGCACCCUGUGCUGUGGUCCGUAUUGACUGCGUUGCAGCCAGUAUCGACUGUGUUGUAGUCCGUAGUCACGGCACCCUGCGUUGUAGUCAGUAUUGACUGGGUUAUAGUCCGUAGCCACUGUACCCGGUGUUGUGACCAGCAUUUACUAGGUUGUAGUCCGUAGUCACUGUACCCUGUGUUGUGACCAGUAUUGACCAGGUAGUAGUCCGCAGUCACUGUACCCUGUGUUGUAGUCCGUAUUGACUGCGUUGCCGCCAGUAUCGACUGUGUUGUAGUCAGUAGUCACGGCACCCUGCGUUGUAGUCAGUAUUGACUGGGUUGUAGUCCGUAGCCACUGUACCCUGUGUUGUGACCAGCAUUUACUAGGUUGUAGUCCGCAGUCACUGUACCCUGUGUUGUGACCAGUAUUGACCAGGUAGUAGUCCGCAGUCACUGUACCCUGUGUUGUAGUCCGUAUUGAAUGCGUUGUAGUCCGUAGUCACUGUACCCUGUGUUGUGACCAGCAUUUACUAGGUUGUAGUUCGUAGUCACUGUACCCUGUGUUGUGACCAGUAUUGACCAGGUAGUAGUCCGUAGUCACUGCACCCUGUGUUGUGACCAGUAUUGACUAGGCUGUAGUCCGUAGUCACGGUACCCGGUGUUGUAGCCCGUAUUGACUGUGUUGUAGUCCGUAGUCACUGUACCCUGUGUUGUAGUCCGUGAAAGAAACACCACAAAAACAAAGAGGUGGUCACCCUUUUGGUCACUUUAUUAAAUGUUAUUUUAAAUACUUAAAGAUAGUAGCGGUUCAGAUUAAUCAAUGAAUGGCAAAAAAAGACAAGUUGGUAUAUUUGCUAAACAUGAGAAGAACAGAGUGGGAGGGCGACAGAGUACAUUUCAGAAAUACACAUUGUGCAAAUGGAGGAACUCUCUCCUGUCGAUCAGGUCAGACAGUCAUCACUUCCUCCUCUUAACAGCUACAACACUUCAACUUUUAUUUAGGAGCAGAAACAUGUGCCUUAGUAGAGAACAGGUAGCCUGGGUGCCUCCUAUAGUAGAGAACAGGUAGCCUGGGUGCCUCCUAUAGUAGAGAACAGGUAGCCUGGGUGCCUCCUAUAGUAGAGAACAGAUAGCCUGGGUGCCUACUAUAGUAGAGAACAGAUAGCCUGGGUGCCUCCUAUAGUAGAGAACAGGUAGCCUGGGUGCCUCCUAUAGUAGAGAACAGGUAGCCUGGGUGCCUACUAUAGUAGAGAACAGAUAGCCUGGGUGCCUCCUAUAGUAGAGAACAGAUAGCCUGGGUGCCUACUAUAGUAGAGAACAGAUAGCCUGGGUGCCUACUAUAGUAGAGAACAGGUAGCCUGGGUGGAGAACUAGGAUAGGCCUGGGUGGAGAACUAGGAUAGGCCUGGGUGGAGAACUAGGAUAGGCCUGGGUCGUGUUCAUUAAAGCAAUGGACAAGUAAAACCAGCGUUUCAUAUUGGACAAGUUCAGCUAAAUCCCUCCAUGUUUGUCAGUUUUCUUCCGUUUGUUGCCUAAUGAACACGACCCUGUCCUCACAGCAGGUUAGGAGAGCGUUUUUCCUAACCUUAACCUCAGUCUCCUAACCUGCUAUGUUAAUUCUUCUAACCUGCUACGAAAAGUCAUUUCAGUUUCGAAGCAGCAUGAAAAGUGAGUUUCCAGCUCAUCAAGCACGGUCAUCAAGCACUGCUAGCCAGUUAACCCAGGUCUGGUGCUGCUCAACACUAACCCAGGUCUGGUGCUGCUCAACACUAACCCAGGGCUGGUGCUGCUCAACACUAACCCAGGUCAACACUAACCCAGGUCUGGUGCUGCUCAACACUAACCCAGGUCUGGUCCUGCUCAACACUAACCCAGGUCUGGUGCUGCUCAACACUAACCCAGGUCAACACUAACCCAGGUCUGGUGCUGCUCAACACUAACCCAGGUCAACACUAACCCAGGUCUGGUCCUGCUCAACACUAACCCAGGUCUGGUGCUGCUCAACACUAACCCAGGUCUGGUCCUGCUCAACACUAACCCAGGUCUGGUGCUGCUCAACACUAACCCAGGUCUGGUCCUGCUCAACACUAACCCAGGUCUGGUGCUGCUCAACACUAACCCAGGUCUGGUGCUGCUCAACACUAACCCAGGUCUGGAUAAGGAAGGGCUCACUGGAAUCUCAAUUAGAAUCAGAAGGUGCAAACACUUUUUGAAAGGAUCGGGUCCUGAUUUAAAAGCUACACUGUGUCAAACUUCAUAGUCCUUUGUGGGUCAGUUGAUCCUGGCACUUGUAAUGUCGAGAUGGUGAGUUUGAUUCCUGCUGGGCCCACCCAUAAGGAAAAAAGAGCUGGACAUGACCUUGCUUGGUGAACCACCCCUCCUCCCCUCCUCCCCUCCUCUAGCCAGUCCUCCACCAGGCUUGGAUCAGGAAAGAAACAAUAACAGGAUAUGGAGCUACGCUCGGCAACAACUUGACAACAACAACAUGAGCUUUACAAAGAGAGAGUGUCCCGGGGAAGCGAGCGAGGGGGGACAGUGUCCCGGGGAAGCGAGCGAGGGGGGACAGUUUGUUUUAAAACGACACAGGAGCAUUCCAUAUUACCAUUAUAAUAACUAUGAUCAGCGACAAAUAGUGGAAAUAUUAAGGGCUAGAAGCAGAUUGAAAAUACAUGUUAUCUGAAAUCUCAUUUAUACACAAAACUUUAAGAAAUGGAAAUAAGGCCCUCAUUUUUAUUUGGAUGUUUUAGUUUUUUUCUUGUCAUGGCUACGCAUCAGAAUCUCCCAAAAUAGUUUUACAACACCAGCACCGCUGUCUGCCAGCCUCUGUCAGUCUGCCAGCCUCUGUCAGUCUGCCAGCCUCUGUCAGUCUGCCAGCCUCUGUCAGUCUGCCAGCCUCUGCCAGUCUGCCAGCCUCUGUCAGUCUGCCAGCCUCUGCCAGUCUGCCAGUCUGCCAGCCUGCGUGUCUUGGUGGAGGAGGGUUAAGAUCUCAUCUUCUAUAUGUUUAAUAUCCUAAAACAGUCCUGUCAUCAGUUAGUCAGCACCAUGGUCCCACUCUGGUGUUUCUUUCCAUAGACAGGCAUUCAUUAAAACUGUAUCAAAACACAACUUACAGAAUAAUCAAUUAAUGAAUUAAACCCUCCUUUAAGGGGAAAGAAUAACACAAUGCUUAAAAGCAUUUGGGGCAAAAACGUUUUUCAUUUACUUACGCUCUUUUAAAUACAUGAAAACUAAAGACAGAAGAGAACUUGAAUAACAUUAAGGCGGUAUAUACAGAAUUUCAAAUGAAAUAGCUAAACCCCCAUCAUACAGUCCCUAUACAUGAUGUCACUCCCUGCUUUCUGCUCUGCUCCUUCAGGAGACAGGAGAGGUGGAAGGAGUGAUGGGGGAUCGGAGACCAGUCUUCUCUGUGCCGUCUCUCCCCUCCCCAGGGAAGAAGGGUUGUAGACAGCGGCUACGUCCCAGAUCACACCCUAUCCCCUACCUAGUGCACUACAUCUAACCAAAACCCUAGGGCUCCGGGUCCAUCUAGUGCACUACAUAGGAGACGGAGCAGCCUACUGAGGGGGCAGUGAGUGGGUCUGAGUCCCAAAUAGCACCAUAUUCCCUACAUUGGUCAAAAGUAGUGCACUGAGCCAAUAUGGAUAGUGGAUAGUGCACUAUGUAGGGAGCAGGCUACCAUCUGGAGCAGGCCCCGGGUCCCCAUCUCCCCCUACAGGUUGCCCUUGGAGGGGCCGGGGUUCUUGCCUCCCAUGGAGGGGUGGGUGGGUAGACCCUGUAACGCCCCCAGCUGUUGGUACAACCCCAAGAGAUCCAUCUGGCUCAUGCCUCCAGCUCCCAGCAUGCCGUUCAUCUGGCUCAUCAGCUGGGCCUGGUUCGCCAUGGCGAUCUGCUGCUCUCUCACCUUCCUGUUGGUGAUCACCUUCUGAACGUACAUCAUCAGCUGUGGAGGGGAGGGAGGAGAGGUUAGGCUGUCUGAACGUACAUCAUCAGCUGUGGAGGGGAGGGAGGAGAGGUUAGGCUGUCUGAACGUACAUCAUCAGCUGUGGAGGGGAGGGAGGAGAGGUUAGGCUGUCUGAACGUACAUCAUCAGCUGUGGAGGGGAGGGAGGAGAGGUUAGGCUGUCUGAACGUACAUCAUCAGCUGUGGAGGGGAGGGAGGAGAGGUUAGGCUGUCUGAACGUACAUCAUCAGCUGUGGAGGGGAGGGAGGAGAGGUUAGGCUGUCUGAACGUACAUCAUCAGCUGUGGAGGGGAGGGAGGAGAGGUUAGGCUGUCUGAACGUACAUCAUCAGCUGUGGAGGGGAGGGAGGAGAGGUUAGGCUGUCUGAACGUACAUCAUCAGCUGUGGAGGGGAGGGAGGAGAGGUUAGGCUGUCUGAACGUACAUCAUCAGCUGUGGAGGGGAGGGAGGAGAGGUUAGGCUGUCUGAACGUACAUCAUCAGCUGUGGAGGGGAGGGAGGAGAGGUUAGGCUGUCUGAACGUACAUCAUCAGCUGUGGAGGGGAGGGAGGAGAGGUUAGGCUUUCUGAAUGUCCAUCAUAGAGAGACAGAUGGAGGGGAGGUUAGGCUUUCUGAAUGUCCAUCAUAGAGAGACAGGUGGAGGGGAGGUUAGGCUGUCUGAAUGUCCAUCAUAGAGAGACAGAUGGAGGGGAGGUUAGGCUUUCUGAAUGUCCAUCAUAGAGAGACAGAUGGAGGGGAGGUUUUCUGAAUGUCCAUCAUAGAGCGACAGAUGGAGGGAGGAGAGAUUAGGCUUUCUGAAUGUCCAUCAUAGAGAGACAGAUGGAGGGGAGAUUAGGCUGUCUGAAUGUCCAUCAUAGAGGGACAGAUGGAGGGGAGGUUAGGCUUUCUGAAUGUCCAUCAUAGAGAGACAGAUGGAGGGGAGGUUAGGCUUUCUGAAUGUCCAUCAUAGAGACAGAUGGAGGGAGGGGAGAGAUUAGGCUUUCUGAAUGUCCAUCAUAGAGAGACAGAUGGAGGGGAGGUUAGGCUUUCUGAAAGUCCAUCAUAGAGAGACAGAUGGAGGGGAGGUUAGGCUUUCUGAAUGUCCAUCAUAGAGACAGAUGGAGGGAGGGGAGAGAUUAGGCUUUCUGAAUGUCCAUCAUAGAGAGACAGAUGGAGGGGAGGUUAGGCUUUCUGAAAGUCCAUCAUAGAGAGACAGAUGGAGGGGAGGUUAGGCUUUCUGAAUGUCCAUCAUAGAGGGACAGAUGGAGGGAGGGGAGGUUAGGCUGUCUGAAUGUCCAUCAUAGAGAGACAGAUGGAGGGGAGGUUAGGCUUUCUGAAUGUCCAUCAUAGAGAGACAGAUGGAGGGAGGGGAGGUUAGGCUUUCUGAAUGUCCAUCAUAGAGAGACAGAUGGAGGGAGGAAGAGGUUAGGCUUUCUGAAUGUCCAUCAUAGAGACAGAUGGAGGGGAGGUUAGGCUGUCUGAAUGUCCAUCAUAGAGACAGAUGGAGGGGAGGUUAGGCUGUCUGAAUGUCCAUCAUAGAGAGACAGAUGGAGGGAGAGGUUAGGCUGUCUGAAUGUCCAUCAUAGAGAGACAGAUGGAGGGAGGGAGAGGUUGGGCUUUCUGAAUGUCCAUCAUAGAGAGACAGAUGGAGGGAGGGGAGGUUAGGCUUUCUGAAUGUCCAUCAUAGAGAGACAGAUGGAGGGGAGGUUAAGCUUUCUGAAUGUCCAUCAUAGAGAGACAGAUGGAGGGAGGAGAGGUUAGGCUUUCUGAAUGUCCAUCAUAGAGAGACAGAUGGAGGGGAGGUUUUCUGAAUGUCCAUCAUAGAGAGACAGAUGGAGGGAGGGAGAGGUUGGGCUGUCUGAAUGUCCAUCAUAGAGAGACAGAUGGAGGGGAGGUUGGGCUUUCUGAAUGUCCAUCAUAGAGAGACAGAUGGAGGGAGGGAGAGGUUGGGCUUUCUGAAUGUCCAUCAUAGAGAGACAGAUGGAGGGGAGGUUAGGCUUUCUGAAUGUCCAUCAUAGAGAGACAGAUGGAGGGGAGGUUAGGCUUUCUGAAUGUCCAUCAUAGAGAGACAGAUGGAGGGGAGGUUAGGCUUUCUGAAUGUCCAUCAUAGAGAGACAGAUGGAGGGAGGGAGAGGUUAGGCUUUCUGAAUGUCCAUCAUAGAGACAGAUGGAGGGGAGGUUAGGCUGUCUGAAUGUCCAUCAUAGAGAGACAGAUGGAGGGGAGGUUAGGCUGUCUGAAUGUCCAUCAUAGAGAGACAGAUGGAGGGAGAGGUUAGGCUGUCUGAAUGUCCAUCAUAGAGAGACAGAUGGAGGGAGGGAGAGGUUGGGCUUUCUGAAUGUCCAUCAUAGAGAGACAGAUGGAGGGGAGGUUAGGCUUUCUGAAUGUCCAUCAUAGAGAGACAGAUGGAGGGGAGGUUAGGCUUUCUGAAUGUCCAUCAUAGAGAGACAGAUGGAGGGAGGGGAGAGGUUAGGCUUUCUGAAUGUCCAUCAUAGAGAGACAGAUGGAGGGAGGGGAGGUUAGGCUUUCUGAAUGUCCAUCAGAGAGAGACAGAUGGAGGGGAGGAAGAGGUUAGGUUGUCUGAAUGUCCAUCAGAGAGAGACAGAUGAGGGAGGGGAGGUUAGGCUGUCUGAAUGUCCAUCAUAGAGAGACAGAUGGAGGGGAGGUUAGGCUGUCUGAAUGUCCAUCAUAGAGAGACAGAUGGAGGGGAGGGAGAGAUUAGGCUUUCUGAAUGUCCAUCAUAGAGAGACAGAUGGAGGGGAGGUUAGGCUUUCUGAAUGUCCAUCAUAGAGAGACAGAUGGAGGGGAGGUUAAGCUUUCUGAAUGUCCAUCAUAGAGAGACAGAUGGAGGGGAGGUUAAGCUUUCUGAAUGUCCAUCAUAGAGAGACAGAUGGAGGGAGGGGAGAGGUUAGGCUUUCUGAAUGUCCAUCAUAGAGAGACAGAUGGAGGGGAGGUUAAGCUUUCUGAAUGUCCAUCAUAGAGAGACAGAUGGAGGGGAGGUUAGGCUUUCUGAAUGUCCACCAUAGAGAGACAGAUGGAGGGGAGGUUAGGCUUUCUGAAUGUCCAUCAUAGAGAGACAGAUGGAGGGGAGGUUUUCUGAAUGUCCAUCAUAGAGACAGAUGGAGGGGAGGUUAGGCUUUCUGAAUGUCCAUCAUAGAGAGACAGAUGGAGGGGAGGUUAGGCUUUCUGAAUGUCCAUCAUAGAGAGACAGAUGGAGGGGAGGUUAGGCUUUCUGAAUGUCCAUCAUAGAGAGACAGAUGGAGGGGAGGUUAAGCUUUCUGAAUGUCCAUCAUAGAGAGACAGAUGGAGGGAGGGGAGAGGUUAGGCUUUCUGAAUGUCCAUCAUAGAGAGACAGAUGGAGGGGAGGCUUUCUGAAUGUCCAUCAUAGAGAGACAGAUGGAGGGGAGGUUUUCUGAAUGUCCAUCAUAGAGACAGAUGGAGGGGAGGUUAGGCUUUCUGAAUGUCCAUCAUAGAGAGACAGAUGGAGGGGAGGUUAGGCUUUCUGAAUGUCCAUCAUAGAGAGACAGAUGGAGGGAGGGGAGAGGUUAGGCUUUCUGAAUGUCCAUCAUAGAGAGACAGAUGGAGGGGAGGUUAAGCUUUCUGAAUGUCCAUCAUAGAGAGACAGAUGGAGGGAGGGGAGAGGUUAGGCUUUCUGAAUGUCCAUCAUAGAGAGACAGAUGGAGGGGAGGUUUUCUGAAUGUCCAUCAUAGAGAGACAGAUGGAGGGAGGGGAGAGGUUAGGCUUUCUGAAUGUCCAUCAUAGAGAGACAGAUGGAGGGGAGGUUUUCUGAAUGUCCAUCAUAGAGACAGAUGGAGGGGAGGUUAGGCUUUCUGAAUGUCCAUCAUAGAGAGACAGAUGGAGGGAGGAGAGAGAGGCUAGGUGGUGAUCACUGAACAAUAAGAGAAGCAGGAGAAGUUUAGAUAGCAGGUGUUCCGAGUCCUGUCAGGUGUUCCGAGUCCUGUCAGGUGUUCCGAGUCCUGUCAGGUGUUCCGAGUCCUGUCAGGUGUUCCGAGUCCUGUCAGGUGUUCCGAGUCCUGUCAGGUGUUCCGAGUCCUGUCAGGUGUUCCGAGUCCUGUCAGGUGUUCCGAGUCCUGUCCUGUCGUGUCGUAUCCUGUCAGGUCGAGUCGUGUCCUGUCGCGUCGAGUCGUGUCCUGUCGCGCCGAGUCGUGUUAGGUCGCGGUGAGUUGUAUCCUGUCGUGUCGUGUCCUGUCAGGUCGUGUUAGGUCGUGUUGUGUCCUGUCGUGUCCCGUCAGGUCGUGUCCUGUCGUGUCCUGUCAGGUCGUGUCCUGUCAGGUCGUGUCCUGUCGUGUCCUGUCGUGUCCUGUCGUGUCCUGUCAGGUCGUGUCCUGUCCUGUCGUGUCCUGUCAGGUCGUGUCCUGUCCUGUCGUGUCCUGUCAGGGUCGUGUCCUGUCGUGUCCUGUCGUGUCCUGUCCUGUCGUGUCCUGUCCUGUCGUGUCCUGUCGUGUCCUGUCAGGUCGUGUCCUGUCGUGUCCUGUCGUGUCCUGUCAGGUCGUGUCCUGUCGUGUCCUGUCAGGUCGUGUCCUGUCCUGUCAGGUCGUGUCCUGUCGUGUCGUGUCCUGUCAGGUCGUGUCGCGUCCUGUCAGGUUGUGUUAGGUCGUGUCCUGUCAGGUCGUGUCCUGUCAGGUCGUGUCCUGUCAGGUCGUGUUCCUGUCGUCAGGUCGUGUCCUGUCGUCCUGUCGUCGUGUCCUGUCAGGUGUGUCCUGUCGUGUCCUGUCAGGUGUCGUGUCCUGUCGUGUCCUGUCAGGUCGUGUCCUGUCCUGUCCUGUCCUGUCAGGUCGUGUCGUGUCGUGUCCUGUCCUGUCCUGUCGUGUCCUGUCAGGUCGUGUCCUGUCAGGUCGUGUCCUGUCGUGUCCUGUCAGGUCGUGUCCUGUCAUGUCCUGUCAGGUCGUGGUCCUGUCCGUGUCAUCUGUCGUGGUCCUGUCAGGUCGUUGUCUGUCGUGUCUGUCCUGUAGUCGUCGUGUUCACUGUCGUCGUGUCCUGUCAGGUCGUGUCCUGUCGUGUCCUGUCAGGUCGUGUCUGUCUGUCGCGGUCCUGUCGUCGUGUCCUGUCAGGUCGUGUCCUGUCGUGUCCUGUCAGUUCCUGCAGUCGUGUCCUGUCGUGUCCUGUCAGGUCGUUUGUCGCUGUCCGUGUCCUGUCGGUCGUGUCCUGUCGUGUCCUGUCAGGUCGUGUCCUGUCGUGUCCUGUCAGGUCGUGUCCUGUCAGGUCGUGUCCUGUCUGUCGUGUCCUGUCAGGUCGUGUCCUGUCGUGUCCUGUCAGGUCGUGUCCUGUCGUGUCCUGUCAGUCGUGUCCUGUCGUGUCCUGUCAGGUCGUGUCCUGUCGUGUCCUGUCGUGGUCCUGUCAGGUCGUGUCCUGUCAGGUCGUGUCCUGUCGUGUCCGUCAGGUCGUGUCCUGUCGUGUCCUGUCAGGGCGUGUCCUGUCCGUGUCCCUUGUCCAGGUCGUGUCCUGUCGCUGUCCUGUCAGGUCGUGUCCUGUGGUCUGUCCUGUCGUGUCCUGUCAGGUCGUGUCCGUAGGUCGUGUCCUGUCAGGUCGUGUCCUGUCGUGUCCUGUCAGGUCGUGUCCUGUCGUGUCCUGUCAGGUCGUGUCCUGUCCUGUCCUGUCGUGUCCUGUCAGGUCGUGUCCUGUCAGGUCGUGUCCUGUCGUCGUCCUGUCAGGUCGUGUCCUGUCAGGUCGUGUCCUGUCGUGUCCUGUCAGUAGGUCGUGUCCUGUCAGGUCGUGUCCUGUCAGGUCGUGUCCUGUCGUGUCCUGUCAGUCGUGUCCUGUCAGGUCGUGUCCUGUCAGGUCGUGUCCUGUCAGGUCGUGUCCUGUCAGGUCGUGUCCUGUCGUGUCUGUCAGUCUGUCGUUGUCCUGUCAGUCGUGUCCUGCGUCGUGUCCUGUCAGGUCGUGCUGCCUGUCUGUCGUCCUGUCAGUCGUGUCCUGUCAGGGUCGUGUCCUGUCAGGUCGUGUCCGUGUCGUGUCCUGUCAGGUCGUGUCCUGUCGUGUCCUGUCAGGUCGUGUCCUGCCGUGUCCUGUCAGGUCGUGUCCUGUCGUGUCCUGUCAGGUCCUGUCCUGUCGUGUCCUGUCAGGUCGUGUCCUGUCAGGUCGUGUCCUGUCGUGUCCUGUCCUGUCGUGUCCUGUCGUGUCCUGUCAGGUCGUGUCGCGUCCUGUCAGGUCGUGUCCUGUCGCGUCCUGUCAGGUCGUGUUAGGUCGUGUCAGGUUAGGUUAGAAGUUGUGAUCUUACGGUCUGUUGCUUAUUGAGGACGUCUCUGUAGACAGCUUCUCUACGUUUGAGCUCCAUCUCUACAGUGGCCUGUCUCCCCAGAGCCAUGGACUGGACCUGGGCCUCCGUUAGGGCUGGGUUCUCCUUCCACUGGAGGGGAGGGGAGGGGGGGAGAGGAGGAGGAGAGAAGAGGGGGGAGGGGAGGAGGAGAGAAGAGGGGAGAGGAGAGGAGAGGAGAGGAGAGGAGAGGAGAGGAGAGGGGGGAGGGGAGGAGGAGACUGGUCACAGGAUGGACAACACACUGUCCUAACAACCCAUCAAACAGGCCAUACAACUAAAACAUCUUCACACCUCAAGUCUUCAGCACAGGUUCUCACAGGAACACAGGGAGAGAUUAGACAGCUGAAGUGGUGGUCUCUCUCCCUCCCUCUCUCGCUCCCUCUCUCUCUCCCUCUCUAUCUCUCUCUCUCCCUCCCUCCCUCCCUCCCUCCCUCCCUCCCUCUCUCCCUCUCACACCCUCCCUCUCUCCCUCUCCCUCCCUCUCUCCCUCCCUCCCUCCCUCCCUCCACUCACCACUCUCCCGAUGGUGUCCUCUAGAGAUUCUCUGGGGAGGAACUUGAGAGCGUUGGUGGCCUCCAUCACCUUCUGACGGCCCUGGUUGAUCAAAUCCUACAGUCGUAGAAAAAGGGCACAUGUAAAAAAAAAAACGGGGCGGUGUGACGGGGCGGUGUGACGGCGCGGUGUGACGGGGCGGUGUGACGGGGCGGUGUGACGGGGCGGUGUGGCGGGGCGGUGUGGUGUGUGUGGGUGUGACGGGGCGGUGAGACGGGGCGGUGUGACGGGGCUGUGUGGCGGGGCGGUGUGACGGGGCGGUGUGACGGGGCGGUGUGGCGGGGCGGUGUGGCGGGGCGGUGUGUGUGGGUGUGACGGGGCGGUGUGACGGGGCGGUGUGACGGGGCGGUGUGUACGGGGCGGUGUGACGGGGCUGUGUGACGGACGGUGUGACGGGGCGGUGUGGCGGGGCGGUGUGUGUGGGUGUGACGGGGCGGUGAGACGGGGCGGUGUGACGGGGCUGUGUGACGGGGCGGUGUGACGGGGCGGUGUGGCGGGGCGGUGUGUGUGGGUGUGACGGGGGCGGUGUGACGGGGCGGUGUGGCGGGGCGGUGUGACGGGGCGGUGUGACGGGGCUGUGUACGGGGCGGUGUGACGGGGCGGUGUGACGGGGCGGUGUGACGGGGCGGUGUGUACGGGGCGGUGUGACGGGGCGGUGUGACGGGGCGGUGUGACCGGGCGGUGUGGCGGGGCGGUGUGACGGGGCGGUGUGGUGGGGCGGUGUGACGGGGCGGUGUGACGGGGCGGUGUGACGGGGCUGUGUGGCGGUGUGACGGGGCGGUGUGACGGGCAGUGUGGCGGGGCGGUGUGGUGUGGCGGGGGCGGUGUAACGGGGCGGUGGUGACGGGGGCGGUGUGGCGGGGCGGUGUGUGUGGGUGUGACGGGGCGGUGUGAAGGGGCGGUGUGACGGGGCUGUGUGGCGGGGCGGUGUGUGUGGGUGUGACGGGGCGGUGUGACGGGGCGGUGUGACGGGGCGGUGUGACGGGGCUGUGUGACGGGGCGGUGUGACGGGGCGGUGUGUACGGGGCGGUGUGACGGGGCUGUGUGACGGGCGGUGUGACGGGGCGGUGUGGCGGGGCUGUGUGUUGCGGUGUGACGGGGCGGUGUGACGGGGCGGUGUGACGGGGCUGUGUGGCGGGGCGGUGUGGCGGGGCGGUGUGACGGGGCGGUGUGGCGGGGCGGUGUGGUGUGGCGGGGCGGUGUGACGGGGCGGUGUGGCGGGGCGGUGUGGCGGGGCGGUGUGGCGGGGCGGUGUGUGUGGGUGUGACGGGGCGGUGUGACGGGGCGGUGUGGGGGGGCGGUGGGCGGUGUGUGACGGGGCGGUGUGACGGGGCGGUUGUGGCGGGGCGGUGUGACGGGCGGUGUGGCGGGGCGGUGUGACGGGCUGUGUGGCGGUGUGACGGGGCGGUGUGACGGGGCGGUGUGACGGGGCGGUGUGGACGGGGCUGUGUGGCGGGGCGGUGUGGCGGGGCGGGUGACGGGGCGGUGGUGGCGGGGCGGUGUGGUGUGGCGGGGCGGUGUGACGGGGCGGUGUGGCGGGGCGGUGUGAGGGGCGGUGUGACGGGGCGGUGUGGCGGGGCGGUGUGGCGGGGCGUGUGGUCGGGGCGGUGGGCGGGGGUGACGGGGCGGUGUGGCGGGGCGGGCGGUGUGGCGGGCGGUGUGACGGGGCUGUGUGGCGGGGGGGUGUGAGGCGGGUGGACGGUGGGGCGGUGUGACGGGGCGGGUUUUGUGUGGGGGGGACGGGGUGUGACGGGGCGGUGUGUGGGGUUGUGACGGGGCGGUGUGACGGGGGGGUGUGGCGGGGCGGUGUGUCGGGCGGUGUGGACGGGGCGGUGGGGACGGGGCGGUGUGGCGGGGCGGUGUGUGGCGGGCGGUGUGACGGGGCGGUGUGGGGGGGCGGUGUGGCGUGGGCGGUGUGGCGGGGCGGUCGGUGUGGCGGGGGCGGGUGUGGGCGGGCGGUGUGGGCGGGGCGGUGGUGCGGCGGUGUGACGGGGCGGUGUGGCGGGGCGGGGGUGGGGGGCGGUGGGGUGACGGGGCGGUGUGACGGGGCGGUGUGACGGGGCGGUUGCGGGCGGGGCGGUGUGACUGGGCGGUGUGGGCGGUGUGACGGGGCGGUGUGGACGGGGCGGUGUGACGGGGCGGUUGUGUGCGGGCGGUGUGGGCGGUGUGACGGGGGUGUGACGGGGCGGUGUGACGGGGCGGUGUGACGGGGCGGUGUGACGGGGCGGUGUGACGGGGCGGUGUGGCGGGGCGUGUGGCGGGCGGUUUUACGGGCGGGGCCGGUGUGACGGGGCGGGUGUGGGCGGGGCGGUGUGGACGGUGGCGGUGUGACGGGGCGGGUGUGUGACGGGGCGGUGUGACGGGGCGGUGUGGCGGGGCGGGGCGGUGUGUGUGGGUACGCUACCUCCAGCUGGGGGUUGGACAUAGAGGCCAGUGCAGCCACGUUGAAGGGGAAGUAGCUGUUAGCUCCUCCCAUGUCCAUCUGUCCUCCGUACGCUCCAUGGUUCACACGCAUAGACAGACCCUGGGACAGAGACAGAGAGGGUUAUUGAUACACACAGACAGACCCUGGGACAGAAACACAGAGGGAGACAGACAGGGACAGAAAGAGACAGAGAGACAGGGACAGAGAGACCGAUACAGACACCGACAAAGACAGGGACAGAGUGAGACAGAGACCAACACAGAGAGUGAGAGACCAACAGAGAGAGAGAGAGACAGGGACAGAGACAGAGAUACAGAGACAGAGAGAGAGAGAGAGAGAGGGAGACACAGAGAGACAGGGACACAGAGAGAGAGAGAAGCCAUUUCUUUUUCUUUUCAAAUGUUUUUAUUUAAUUAAAUGUAUUGACCGAAGAUUCCAUGAUUCUCAAUACAACAGCAGUAUUGUUGUACCUGUAUCCAGGAUUCCACUUCCAUUUACAUAUUUAGCAGACGCUCUUAUCCAGAGCGACUUACAGUUAGUGAGUGCAUACAUCUUUUUUUUUUUUUUUUAUACUGGCCCCCGUGGGAAUCGAACCCACAACCCUGGCGUUGCAAAUGCCAUGCUCUACCAACUGAGCUACAUCCCUGCCGGCCAUUCCCUCCCCUACCCUGGACGACGCUGGGCCAAUUGUGCGCCGCCCCAUGGGUCUCCCGGUCGCGGCCGGCUACGACAGAGCCUGGAUUCAAACCAGGAUCUCUAGUGGCCCAGCUAGCACUGUGAUGCAGUGCCUUAGACCACAGCUAGCACUGCCAAUAGCAGUAUUGUUGUACCUGUAUACAGUGAAUUUUGUUACGUUACAGCCUUAUUCUAAAAUUGUUUAAAUCGUUUUUCCCCCUCAAUCAACACACAAUACCCCAUAAUGACGAAGCAAAAACAGGUUUAGACAUUUUUGCUAAUUUAUGAAAUAUCACAUUUACCUAAGUAUUCAGACGCUUUACUCUGUACUUUGUUGAAGCACCUUUGGCAGCGAUUACAGGCACAAGUCUUCUUGGGUAUGACGCUACAAGCUCGGCACAUCUGUAUUUGGGGAGUUUCUCCCAUUCUUCUCUGCAGAUCCUCUCAAGCUCUGUCAGGUUGGAUGAGGAGCGUCGCUGCACAGCUAUUUUCAGGUCUCUCCAGAGAUGUUCGAUCGGGUUCAAGUCCGGGCUCUGGCUGGGCCACUCAAGGACAUUUAGAGGCUUGUCCCGAAGCCACUCCUGCGUUGUCUUGGCUGUGUGCUUAGGGCUGUGGUCCUGUUGGAAGGUGAACCUUUGCACCAGUCUGAGGUCCUGAGCGCUCUGGAGCAGGUUUUCAUCAAGGAUCUCUCUGUACUUUGCUCCGUUCAUCUUUGCCUCGAUCCUGACUAGUCUCCCAGUCCCUGCCGCUGAAAUACAUCCCCACAGCAUGAUGCUGCCACCACCAUGCUUCACCGUAGGGAUGGUGCCAGGUUUCCACCAAACUUGACGCUUGGCAUUCAGGCCAAAGAGUUCAAUCUUGGUUUCAUCAGACCAGAGAAUCUUGUUUCUCAUGGUCUGAGAGUCUUUAGGUGCCUUUUGGCAAACUCCAAGCGGGCUGUCAUGUGCCUUUUACUGAGGAGUGGCUUCCGUCUGGCCACUCUACCAUAAAGGCCUGAUUGGUGGAGUGCUGCAGAGAUGGUUGUCCUUCUGGAAGGUUCUCCCAUCUCCACAGAGGAACUCUGGAGCUCUGCCAGUGUGACCAUCGGGUUCUUGGUCACCUCCCUGACCAAGGCCCUUCUCCCCCGAUUGUUCAGUUUGGCCGGGCGGCCAGCUCUAGGAAGAGUCUUGGUGGUUCCAAACUUCUUCCAUUUAAGAAUGAUGGAAGCCACUGUGUUCUUGGGAACCUUCAAUGCUGCAGAAAUGUUUUGGUACCCUUCCCCAGAUCUGUGCCUCAACACUAUCCUGUCUCUGAGCUCUAAGGACAAUUCCUUCGACCUCAUGGCUUGGUUUUGCUCUGACAUGCACUGUCAACUGUGGAACCUUAUAUAGACAGGUGUGUGCCUUUCCAAAUCAUGUCCAAUCAAUUGAAUUUACCACAGGUGGACUCCAAUCAAGUUGUAGAAACAUCUCAAGGAUGAUCAAUGGAAACAGGAUGCACCUGAGCUCAAUUUCAAGUCUCAUAGCAAAGGGUCUGAAUACUUAUGUAAAUAAGGUAUCUGUUUUUUGUUUUUAAUACAUUUGCUAACAUUUCUAAAAACCAGUUUUUUUUCGCUUUGUCAUUAUGGGGUAUUGCAUGUAGAUUGCUGAGGAUUUUUAUUUCAUCCAUUUUAGAAUAAUGCUGUAACGUAACAAAAUGUGGAAAAAGUCAAGGGGUUUGUACAUGAUUCCACAAUACAACAGCAGUAGUGUUGUACCUGUAUCCAUGAUUCCACAAUACAACAGCAGUAUUGUUGUACCUGUAUCCAUGAUUCCACAAUACAACAGCAGUAUUGUUGUACCUGUAUCCAUGAUUCCACAAUACAACAGCAGUAUUGUUGUACCUGUUUACAUGAUUAUAUGUAUUAUUGUACUGCUUGGCAAUAUCUACAAACAGAGAGGGAAACCAGUACCACUACCAACCCCCUCAGACUAAACAGAGAGAGAGAAACCAGUACCACUACCAACCCCCUCAGACUAAACAGAGAGAGGGAAACCAGUACCACUACCAACCCCCUCAGACUAAACAGAGAGAGGGAAACCAGUACCACUACCAACCCCCUCAGACUAAACAGAGAGAGGGAAACCAGUACCACUACCAACCCCCUCAGACUAAACAGAGAGAGGGAAACCAGUACCACUACCAACCCCCUCAGACUAAACAGAGAGAGGGAAACCAGUACCACUACCAACCCCCUCAGACUAAACAGAGAGAGGGAAACCAGUACCACUACCAACCCCCUCAGACUAAACAGAGAGAGGGAAACCAGUACCACUACCAACCCCCUCAGACUAAACAGAGAGAGGGAAACCAGUACCACUACCAACCCCCUCAGACUAAACAGAGAGAGGGAAACCAGUACCACUACCAACCCCCUCAGACUAAACAGAGAGAGGGAAACCAGUACCACUACCAACCCCCUCAGACUAAACAGAGAGAGGGAAACCAGUACCACUACCAACCCCCUCAGACUAAACAGAGAGAGGGAAACCAGUACCACUACCAACCCCCUCAGACUAAACAGAGAGAGGGAAACCAGUACCACUACCAACCCCCUCAAACUAAACAGAGAGAGGUGAAGGGACAGAAGGGAAGGGAACCCUGUACAGCAUCUCUCAGCAGACUGUUUAGGGUUGGUUUGCUUAGUGUUGGGGUUACUGAACAAGGCCCUCUGGUCUCUCAGUGUUGGGGUUACUGAACAAGGCCCUCUGGUCUCUCAGUGUUGGUGUUACUGAACAAGGCCCUCUGGUCUCUCAGUGUUGGUGUUACUGAACAAGGCCCUCUGGUCUCUCAGUGUUGGUGUUACUGAACAAGGCCCUCUGGUCUCUCAGUGUUGGGGUUACUGCACAAGGCCCUCUGGUCUCUCAGUGUUGGGGUUACUGAACAAGGCCCUCUGGUCUCUCAGUGUUGGGGUUACUGCACAAGGCCCUCUGGUCUCUCUCAGUGUUGGGGUUACUGAACAAGGCCCUCUGGUCUCUCAGUGUUGGGGUUACUGCACAAGGCCCUCUGGUCUCUCAGUGUUGGGGUUACUGAACAAGGCCCUCUGGUCUCUCAGUGUUGGGGUUACUGAACAAGGCCCUCUGGUCUCUCAGUGUUGGGGUUACUGAACAAGGCCCUCUGGUCUCUCAGUGUUGGGGUUACUGAACAAGGCCCUCUGGUCUCUCAGUGUUGGGGUUACUGAACAAGGCCCUCUGGUCUCUCAGUGUUGGGGUUACUGAACAAGGCCCUCUGGUCUCUCAGUGUUGGGGUUACUGAACAAGGCCCUCUGGUCUCUCAGUGUUGGGGUUACUGCACAAGGCCCUCUGGUCUGAUCAACACAAAUCAGCUGUCUCUCUUCUACCCCCUUUGGUGAGGUAUGUGUGUGUUUCUUUUCCUGUGUGUGUGUCUGUUUGUGUACGUGCAGUAAACAGUCUGUCCCAGUAAAGACCAGCAGGAUGCCUCUCUCUCUCUGUGGCCAGCAGGAUGCCCCUCUCUCUCUGUGGCCAGCAGGAUGCCCCUCUCUCUAUGUGGCCAGCAGGAUGCCCCUCUCUCUCUCUGUGGCCAGCAGGAUGCCCCUCUCUCUCUGUGGCCAGCAGGAUGCCUCUCUCUCUCUGUGGCCAGCAGGAUGCCCCUCUCUCUUUGUGGCCAGCCUGAUGCCUAUCUCUCUCUGUGGCCAGCAGGAUGCCUCUCUCUCUCUGUGGCCAGCAGGAUGCCUCUCUCUCUCUGUGGCCAGCAGGAUGCCUCUCUCUCUCUGUGGCCAGCAGGAUGCCUCCCUCUCUCUGUGGCCAGCAGGAUGCCUCCCUCUCUCUGUGGCCAGCAGGAUGCCUCUCUCUCUCUGUGGCCAGCAGGAUGCCUCCCUCUCUCUGUGGCCAGCAGGAUGCCUCUCUCUCUCUGUGGCCAGCAGGAUGCCCCUCUCUCUCUGUGGCCAGCAGGAUGCCCCUCUCUCUCUGUGGCCAGCAGGAUGCCCCUCUCUCUCUGUGGCCAGCAGGAUGCCUCUCUCUCUCUGUGGCCAGCAGGAUGCCUCUCUCUCUCUGUGGCCAGCAGGAUGCCCCUCUCUCUCUGUGGCCAGCAGGAUGCCCCUCUCUCUCUGUGGCCAGCAGGAUGCCUCUCUCUCUCUGUGGCCAGCAGGAUGCCUCUCUCUGUGGCCAGCAGGAUGCCUCUCUCUCUCUGUGGCCAGCAGGAUGCCCCUCUCUCUCUGUGGCCAGCAGGAUGCCUCCCUCUCUCUGUGGCCAGCAGGAUGCCUCUCUCUCUCUGUGGCCAGCAGGAUGCCUCUCUCUCUCUGUGGCCAGCAGGAUGCCCCUCUCUCUCUGUGGCCAGCAGGAUGCCUCCCUCUCUCUGUGGCCAGCAGGAUGCCCCUCUCUCUCUGUGGCCAGCAGGAUGCCCCUCUCUCUCUGUGGCCAGCAGGAUGCCUCUCUCUCUCUGUGGCCAGCAGGAUGCCUCUCUCUCUCUCUGUGGCCAGCAGGAUGCCCCUCUCUCUCUGUGGCCAGCAGGAUGCCCCUCUCUCUCUGUGGCCAGCAGGAUGCCUCUCUCUGUGGCCAGCAGGAUGCCUCUCUCUCUCUCUGUGGCCAGCAGGAUGCCUCUCUCUCUCUGUGGCUAGCAGGAUGCCUCUCUCUCUCUGUGGCCAGCAGGAUGCCCCUCUCUCUCUGUGGCCAGCAGGAUGCCUAUCUCUCUCUGUGGCCAGCAGGAUGCCUCUCUCUCUCUGUGUGUGUAAUUGAACCUCUGUUGCAGAUGCUCCAACUCCUGCCCUGUAAUCCAACCAUCCGGUCGCUGUGCGUGCUAGCGUGUAUGUGUUUAGCGGUGUGUGUUUGGAUCUGGCCAGAGGCAGCUGUGAAGGCCCAAACAGUAGAACACAGCUGCUCCUCUCCUUCUUCAUGGGAACUGAAACCUGUGACUCCUAACAGAAGUGACCCAUCAGAGUUCAACUCCUCUUCACCUAAAUCCCAGGACACACAGACCUUGUUCUUUCAAACAUCUGAAUUUCACCAGAACUCACGUGUACAGAACCUUCCCCCCACCUGUCUCUCUCUCUCCCUCCCUCCCUUCCUCCCACCCUGUUUGCCUGUCUUCCUCCCACCCUGUCUCCCUCCCUCCCUCCCUCCCUCCCUCCCUCCCUCCCUGUCUGUCUCUCUCUCUCCCUCCCUGUCUGUUUGCCUGUCUCUCUCUCUCCCACCCUGUCUGUUUGCCUGUCUCCCUCCCUCCCUGUCUGUUUGCCUGUCUCCCUCCCUGGAGGGGAGGAGUAGGGAGGGAGGUAGGGGUUUGGGGUGGGGGAGCAGGGAGGGGGGGGAGAUCUAAAUUCCAGAAAUGACAUCUUCCCUCCCCACACACAGAGGGAGAGGAGAUCUAAGUCACAGAAAUAAGGGUUGACAGGAGGCAGCGGAGAGGUAGAGAAAGAGCUGUGUGUGCCUUCUCCGCCUAGUGUGAGUGUGUGUACGUAUGAGUGUGUGUACGUAUGAGUGUGUGUACGUGUGAGUGUGUGUACGUGUGAGUGUGUGUACGUAUGAGUGUGUGUACGUAUGAGUGUGUGUACGUAUGAGUGUGUGUACGUAUGAGUGUGUGUACGUGUGAGUGUGUGUACGUAUGAGUGUGUGUACGUGUGAGUGUGUGUACGUAUGAGUGUGUGUACGUAUGAGUGUGUUAUUUGUUACAUGCUUCGUAAACAGGUGAAGACUAACAGUGAAAUGCUUAGUUACGGGGCCCUGCCAACAAUGCAGAGACAAAAAUAAAUAGAUAAAUUAUAGUUGCCUAUAUGCACAAGGUACCAGGUAAUAACAUGGCUAUAUGCACAAGGUACCAGUACCGAGUCCAUGUCCAGGGGUACCAGGUAAUAACAUGGCUAUAUAUACAGGGUACCAGGUAAUAACACGGCUAUAUACAGGGUACCAGGUAAUAACACGGCUAUAUACAGGGAGUACCAGGUAAUAACAUGGCUAUAUACACAGGGUACCAGGUAAUAACAUGGCUAUAUACAGGGAGUACCAGGUAAUAACAUGGCUAUAUACAGGGGUACCAGGUAAUAACAUGGCUAUAUACAGGGAGUACCAGGUAAUAACAUGGCUAUAUACACAGGGUACCAGGUAAUAACAUGGCUAUAUACAGGAAGUACCAGGUAAUAACAUGGCUAUAUACAGGGAGUACCAGGUAAUAACAUGGCUAUAUACACAGGGUACCAGGUCAUAACAUGGCUAUAUACAGGAAGUACCAGGUAAUAACAUGGCUAUAUACAGGGAGUACCAGGUAAUAACAUGGCUAUAUACAGGGAGUACCUGGUAAUAACAUGGCUAUAUACACACGGGGUACCAGGUAAUAACAUGGCUAUAUACAGGGAGUACCAGGUAAUAACAUGGCUAUAUACAGGGAGUACCAGGUAAUAACAUGGCUAUAUACACAAGGUACCAGUACCGAGUCCAUGUCCAGGGUACCAGGUAAUAACAUGGCUAUAUGCACAAGGUACCAGUACUGAGUGGAUGUGCAGGGGUACCAGGUAAUAACAUGGCUAUAUACACAGGAAGUACCAGUACAGAGUCCAUGUGCAGGGGUACCAGGUAAUAACAUGGCUAUAUACACAGGAAGUACCAGUACAGAGUCCAUGUGCAGGGGUACCAGGUAAUAACAUGGCUAUAUACACAGGAAGUACCAGUACAGAGUCCAUGUGCAGGGGUACCAGGUAAUAACAUGGCUAUAUACACAAGGUACCAGUACAGAGUCCAUGUGCGGGGGAACGAGGUCAUUGAGGUAGAUAUGUACAUAUAACUAAGAAUAAAGUGACAGAUAAUAAACAGUAGCAGCAGUGUAUGUGAUGAGUCAAAAGUUAGUGCAAAAAGGGUCAAUGUAGAUAGUCUGGGUUGCAGGGUUCUCAGUACAUCAGACAGGAAUAAAGAACUCUCAGAGAAGAAGAAAGGCGGUGGUGUAUGUUUUAUUAUUAACUACUCAUGGUGUGAUUGUGGCAACGUACAGGAACUCAAAUCCUUUUGCUUACCCGACCUAGAAUACCUCAAUCACAUGCCGACCGUAUUACCUCCCGAGAGAAGUCUCUUUGGUUAUAGUCCCAACCGUGUAUAUCCCCCCUCAAGCCGACACCACGACAGCCCUCAAGGAACUACACUGGACUUUAUGCAAACUGGAAACCACAUAUCCUGAGGCCGCAUUUACUGUAGCACUUUAACAAAGCACAUUUGAAGGAACGCUACUGAAGUUCUAUCAACACAUUGCCUGCAUUACUCUCGCUACAAGGCCCUCCCCCACCCUCCCUUCAGCAAAUCAGAUCACGACUCCAUUCCGCUCCUCCCUUCCUAUAGGCAGAAACUCAAACAGGAAGUACCCGUGCUAAGGUCUAUUCAACGCUGGUCUGACCAAUCGGAAUCCAUGCUUCAAGAUUGUUUUGAUCACGCAGACUGGGAUAUGUUCCAGGUAGCCUCUGAGAAUAACAUUGACGUACAGUUGCACUCGGAAAGUAUUCAGACCCCUUCUCCACAUUUUGUUACGUUACAGUGUUAACCGUCGCAAGGCUCCCGAGUGGCGCAGCGGUCUAAGGCACUGCAUCUCAGUGCUUGAGGCGUCACUACAGACCCCCUGGUUCGAUUCCAGGCUGCAUCACACCCACUUGCUUCAAGAUGGCCACCAUUGUUCCUGUACCCAAGAAAGCAAAGGUAACUGAACUAAAUGACUAUCGCCCCGUAGCACUCACCUCUGUCAUCAUGAAGUGCUUUGAGAGGCUAGUUAAGGAUCAUAUCACCUCUACCUUACCUGACACCCUAGACCCACUUCAAUUUGCUUACCGCCCCAAUAGAUCCACAGACGAUGCAAUCGCCAUCACACUGCACACUGCCCUAUCCCAUCUGGACAAGAGGAAUACCUAUGUAAGAAUGCUGUUCAUUGACUAUAGCUCAGCAUUCAACACCAUAGUACCCUCCAAGCUCAUCAUUAAGCUCGAGGCCCUGGGUCUGAACCCUGCCCUGUGCAACUGGGUCCUGGACUUCCUGACGGGCCACCCCCAGGUGGUGAAGGUAGGAAACAACAUCUCCACUUCGCUGAUCCUCAACACUGGGGCCCCACAAGGGUGCGUGUUCAGCCCCCUCCUGUACUCCCUGUUCACCCAUGACUGCGUGGCCACGCACGCCUCCAACUCGAUCAUCAAGUUUGCAGACGACACAACAGUAGUAGGCUUGAUUACCAACAAUGACGAGACCGCCUACAGGGAGGAGGUGAGGGCUCUGGGAGUGUGGUGCCAGGAAAAUAACCUCUCACUCAACGUCAACAAAGCGAAGGAGAUGAUCGUGGACUUCAGGAAACAGCAGAGGGUGCACCCCCCUAUCCACAUCAACGGGACCGCAGUGGAGAAGGUGAAAAGCUUCAAGUUCCUCGACGUACACAUCACUGACAAUCUGAAAUGGUCCACCCACACAGACAGUGUGGUGAAGAAGGCGCAACAGAGCCUCUUCAACCUCAGGAGGCUGAAGAAAUUUGGCUUAUCACCUAAAACCCUCACAAACCUUUACAGACGCCCCAUUGAGAGCAUCCUGUCGGGCUGUAUCACCGCCUGGUACGGCAACUGCACCGCCUGCAACCGCAGGGCUCUCCAGAGGGUGGUGCGGUCUGCCCAACGCAACACCGGGGGCAAACUACCCGCCCUCCAGGACACCUACAGCACCCGAAGUCACACUGCCUGUUCACCCCGCUAUCAUCCAGAAGGCGAGGUCAGUACAGGUGCAUCAAAGCUGGGACAGAGAGACUGAAAAACAGCUUCUAUCUCAAGGCCAUCAGACAGUUAAAUAGCCAUCACUAGCCGGCUACCACCUGGCUACUCAACCCUGCACCUUAGAGGGUGCUGCCCUAUAUACAUAGACAUGGAAUCACUGGCCACUUUAAUAAUGGAACACUAGUCACUUUAAUAAUGUUUACAUACUGCUUUACUAAUUCCAUAUGUAUAUACUGUAUUGUAGUUAAUGCCAAUCCAACAUUGUUCGUCCUAUUAUUUCUUAAUUACAUUAUUUUACUUUUAGAUUUGUGUGUAUUGUUAGAUACUACUGCACUGUUGGAGCUAGGAACACAAGCAUUUCACUACACCUGCAAUAACAUCAGCUAUGUGAUUCUAUCUGUCUGUCUGUCUGUCUGUCUGUCUGUCUGUCUGUCUGUCUGUCUGUCUGUCUGUCUGCGUGUGGGUACCUUCUUCUCCGCCUCGUACUCGGCCCACGCUGCUUUGCGGUCCUCCUCGCUGAGAGCCUCCUCUUCCUUGUGAUCCAGCAGGGAGUCGUGUUCAUGAUAGCCCACUAUCUGCUCCUUAUUGCUGUGGAGCAGCUCAGCUAGGAAGGGGUCCUACAGGAGAGAAGUUACAGGACAGUUAGGGUCAGGUUAGGGUCAGGUUAGGGUCAGGUCAGGGUCAGGUUAGGGUCAGGUUAGGGUCAGGUUAGGGUCAGGUUAGGAGCAGGUCAGGGUCAGGUUAGGGUCAGGGUCAGGUUAGGGUCAGGAGCAGGGUCAGGAGCAGGGUCAGGUUAGGGUCAGGUUAGGGUCAGGUUAGGAGCAGGUUAGGGUCAGGGUCAGGUUAGGGUCAGGUUAGGUUAGGGUCAGGUUAGGGUCAGGGUCAGGUUAGGGUCAGGUUAGGAGCAGGUUAGGGUCAGGUUAGGGUCAGGUCAGGGUCAGGUCAGGGUCAGGUUAGGAGCAGAUUAGGAGCAGGUUAGGGUCAGGUUAGGGUCAGGUUAGGGUCAGGAGCAGGGUCAGGUUAGGGUCAGGUUAGGAGCAGGUUAGGGUCAGGGUCAGGUUAGGGUCAGGUUAGGGUCAGGGUCAGAUUAGGGUCAGGUUAGGAGCAGGUUAGGGUCAGGUUAGGGUCAGGUCAGGGUCAGGUUAGGAGCAGGUUAGGGUCAGGUCAGGGUCGGGUCAGGUUAGGGUCAGGUCAGGGUCAGGGUCAGGUUAGGGUCAGGUCAGGGUCAGGGUCAGGUUAGGAGCAGGUCAGGGUCAGGUUAGGGUCAGGUCAGGGUCAGGUUAGGAGCAGGUUAGGGUCAGGUUAGGAGCAGGUUAGGGUCAGGUUAGGGUCAGGUCAGGAGCAGGUUAGGGUCAGGUCAGGGUCAGGUUAGGGUCAGGUUAGGGUCAGGUUAGGGUCAGGUUAGGAGCAGGUUAGGGUCAGGUUAGGAGCAGGUUAGGAGCAGGUUAGGGUCAGGUUAGGAGCAGGUUAGGGUCAGGUUAGGAGCAGGUUAGGGUCAGGUUAGGAGCAGGGUCAGGUUAGGGUCAGGUUAGGGUCAGGUUAGGAGCAGGUUAGGGUCAGGUUAGGGUCAGGUUAGGAGCAGGUUAGGGUCAGGUUAGGAGCAGGUUAGGGUCAGGUUAGGGUCAGGUUAGGAGCAGGUUAGGAGCAGGUUAGGGUCAGGUUAGGAGCAGGUUAGGGUCAGGUUAGGAGCAGGUUAGGGUCAGGUUAGGAGCAGGUUAGGGUCAGGUUAGGAGCAGGUUAGGAGCAGGUUAGGGUCAGGUUAGGGUCAGGUUAGGGUCAGGUUAGGGUCAGGUUAGGGUCAGGUUAGGAGCAGGUUAGGAGCAGGUUAGGAGCAGGUUAGGAGCAGGUUAGGAGCAGGUUAGGAGCAGGUUAGGGUCAGGUUAGGAGCAGGUUAGGGUCAGGUUAGGGUCAGGUUAGGAGCAGGUUAAGGUCAGGUUAGGAGCAGCUCAGCUAGGACACACACCAUGAAACCCGCAGCCCCAGUUUUUUUUUUUACACUAAUGAAACCCCUAAAAAUUGAAAAAAUAAAUUAUGUUAAUAUGAUCAGAGAUGACAAAUAAAGUCCAACAGCUGGUUUGAGUGUUCUACAGAGUGGAGCACCAGACAGCUGGAGAGAGAGAGAGAGAGAGAGAGAGAGAGGGGGGGGGGGGGGGGGGGGGGGGGGCAGAGGUGGACAUGUUUAAAGAAACAAAACCAGGAGCUUUCAUGAGACUUCAGUUUCCAUGGUGACACUUAUUGAAAACAAUACCUGACUAAAAACACCAGGCCCCCAGUCACACAAACAUGGAGACAUUUUAAAAUGUUAAAAUCUCCCCCCCCCCCCCCCCCCCCCUCUCCCUUCCCCCCCCUCCCCUCUCCCUCUCCCCUCCCCUCUCCCUCUCCCCUCCCCUCUCCUCCUCCCCUCUCCCUCCCUCCCUCCCCUCUCUCCCUCCUCCCCCACGUCAGAGAAAGAGAGGAGGGUUGAACCAACGAGGCUAAAUUAAGACCUGAAUGGGAACCUGCAGUUGCAUAAACACAGAAACUAGAUCCUAAACAGAGAGAGAGAGGAGAGCCAGAGACCCAACCCUACAGCCAGACAGAGACCAAUCACAGCCCCAACCCUACAGCCAGACAGAGACCAAUCACAGCCCCAACCCUCCAGCCAGACAGAGACCAAUCACAGCCCCAACCCUCCAGCCAGACAGAGACCCAACCCUACAGCCAGACAGAGACCCAUCACAGCCCCAACCCUACAGCCAGACAGAGACCCAACCAUACAGCCAGACAGAGACCAAUCACAGCCCCAACCCUACAGCCAGACAGAGACCAAUCACAGCCCCAACCCUCCAGCCAGACAGAGCCCCAACCCUCCAGCCAGACAGAGACCCAACCCUCCAGCCAGACAGAGACCCAACCCUCCAGCCAGACAGAGACCCAACCCUCCAGCCAGACAGAGACCCAACCCUCCAGCCAGACAGAGACCCAACCCUCCAGCCAGACAGAGACCCAACCCUACAGCCAGACAGAGACCCAACCCUACAGCCAGACAGAGACCAAUCACAGCCCCAACCAUACAGCCAGACAGAGACCAAUCACAGCCCCAACCCUACAGCCAGACAGAGACCCAUCACAGCCCCAACCCUCCAGCCAGACAGAGACCAAUCACAGCCUCAACCCUACAGCCAGACAGAGACCCAUCACAGCCCCAACCCUACAGCCAGACAGAGACCCAACCCUACAGCCAGACAGAGACCAAUCACAGCCCCAACCCUACAGCCAGACAGAGACUCAACCCUACAGCCAGACAGAGACCAAUCACAGCCCCAACCCUACAGCCAGACAGAGACCAAUCACAGCCCCAACCCUACAGCCAGACAGAGACCAAUCACAGCCCCAACCAUACAGCCAGACAGAGACCAAUCACAGCCCCAACCCUCCAGCCAGAUAGAGCCCCAACCCUACAGCCAGACAGAGACCCAUCACAGACCCAACCCUACAGCCAGACCCAACCCUACAGCCAGACCCAACCCUCCAGCCAGACAGAGACCCAACCCUCCAGCCAGACAGAGACCCACCUACAGCCAGACAGACCCAACCCUCCAGCCAGACAGAGACCCAACCCUACAGCCAGACAGAGACCCAACCCUACAGCCAGACAGAGACCCAACCCUCCAGCCAGACAGAACCCAACCCUACAGCCAGACCCAACCCUACAGCCAGACAGAGACCCAACCCUCCAGCCAGACAGAACCCAACCCUACAGCCAGACCCAACCCUACAGCCAGACAGAGACCCAACCCUCCAGCCAGACAGAACCCAACCCUACAGCCAGACCCAACCCUACAGCCAGACAGAGACCCAACCCUCCAGCCAGACAGAGACCCAACCCUCCAGCCAGACAGAGACCCAACCCUCCAGCCAGACAGAGACCCAACCCUACAGCCAGACCCAACCCUCCAGCCAGACUUUACCAUCCAGUCAGACCCCCCCCUUCACUGUACAACCAGGAUACUAGCAGGCCAAGCUCAGCCACUGACACCAGACAAGGCAUCCAUCCACAUGUGGAUACUAGCAGGCCAAGCUCAGCCACUGACACCAGACAAGGCAUCCAUCCACAUGUGGAUACUAGCAGGCCAAGCUCAGCCACUGACACCAGACAAGGCAUCCAUCCACAUGUGGAUACUAGCAGGCCAAGCUCAGCCACUGACACCAGACAAGGCAUCCAUCCACAUGAGGAUACUAGCAGGCCAAGCUCAGCCACUGACACCAGACAAGGCAUCCAUCCACAUGUGGAUACUAGCAGGCCAAGCUCAGCCACUGACACCAGACAAGGCAUCCAUCCACAUGAGGAUACUAGCAGGCCAAGCUCAGCCACUGACACCAGACAAGGCAUCCAUCCACAUCUGGAUACUAGCAGGCCAAGCUCAGCCACUGACACCAGACAAGGCAUCCAUCCACAUGUGGAUACUAGCAGGCCAAGCUCAGCCACUGACACCAGACAAGGCAUCCAUCCACAUGUGGAUACUAGCAGGCCAAGCUCAGCCACUGACACCAGACAAGGCAUCAUCCACAUGUGGAUACUAG